UUAUAGACUGACAUAUCCCAUGUUUCCAUACACCGAAAUAAUACAAAUUAAUAUUUCUAAUGAAUUCAGACAAACUUAUGAUUGUAAAACAUAUAUGUUACUACCUUUUCUCAAUGACAAAGAAGCCAGACGAAGUCGAAUUCACUAAGUAGGAUAAUCCAUGUGUCUCAAAGACGUCUCGACCUACAUGUAUUUGAGAACGUGUUUCAAUGCUUUAAAGCAAAAUUCUUGUAUAUUUUUGCAUUUUUACAAGUUGACACGGUGUACCCUAUUAGGUCGUAAAUGAUAAUUGGUCCUAGAGCAUUUUAGACCAUUUUAGUACAACCAAUCACAUCGUACUGGCCAAGCAGAAGAUGAGUAGCCAAGACACUGGUGGAUCGAACAGAAGUAGUCGCAGAGACUGUUGACGAGCUCCUUUUACUUGUAACGUUAGUAUUAUCAAUGAGAUUUCAUAAUGAAAGCUUCUUGCUAUUAUACAGGAGCCCUAUCUGCAUUACACUGCAAGCAAAAUAAAGAAACCCGUCAACAGUCGCCGCCCUUAGAACAGGCUGAGUUCCAGAUUGGUGUAGAAGACCAGGGUGACACCAGUUUGGCAUUACUCCAGAUAUCCUUGCGGCUUACGUUAAACGAUACAUGAUUAAUAUUAUAAACCCACAGUUUUUAUUGGAAUCCAACAAUAAAGAAAUACCACACUGAAUAAAAACAACCGCUGAAUAAUUAAUGAAAGUGAAAACACACCACGUGCGUACACCUGCGACCUCGCCUCACAGCAUUCUGGGAACUUUCACUUUCAAAAUGGCUGCCCCCGAUGCAAGGAUGACAAUAUUAUUUCUCUUGCUCGCGUCGUUUUCUUGGAAUGUACUCUCGUCUGCAGUCGAUUCCGAUGUAGUAAGACUACGAAAUGAAACCACGCGGAAGCACCAACUAUUUUUGAGGUAUUUGGAGGACAUAUUCCAGCAUCCGAGCGAAGACUGUCCGCCCGAUCUCAAAUAUGACAACUCCUACGUCGAGCACAAGACAUGCGAGAACUUGGUUCUGCAGACCUUUAGGAAAGCCGUGUUUAACGCACAACUGGUGGAUACUAUCGUGAAGAAAUGUGGCACGGAUCUCAGGAAAUGUUUUGAUGAAAACGCGGAUGUAAGGGCGAAACUGCGAGCACAUCUGAAGGACACACGGGAGCAGUACGGGCAGUACUGUGCCAAGAAAUCGUGCGUGGAUUUUCUCCUAAAAUAUCAGAAGCAGUGUUCACCAGUGGCUGAGGACAUGAAGACCAUUGUUGAUGAGAAGCUGCUUGAGUUCACCACGAUAGUAGACUUGUCCUGUAGUGAUCACAGUGACACCUCAGGCAGGCCGUGUGGAGACCUGUAUCUCCAGUACAGACUCGCGCUGGCGGCCAGCCAAGCCAAGAACCCUGAGACAUGGGCAGACUUCCGGGCCAGGAUCAACUCAUCAGUACAGAGUGGAUGCCCCAUGAACUUUCCACAGGGAUGGAGCUUGAGGAAAGACAUACUGGGAUGCUGUGUCAACCAAACCAUCAAUACUCUCAUCAAGUACCAAGGCCUGUGGUACAAGCAGGUGGUACAGGACACCCUACAGAAGUGUAACACCUCGGUACCAGCAGACUGUAGUACCUCACCGAAGAAGGUUAGUACAAACAUGCAACUACAGUAUCUGAAUGUUUUUCUAAUAGAUGUAUGUGUGAAGUCGGUGUACCCCAGUGGUGUCAGGUUUAACACUGUGGUGGGCAUCAUCGCCGCGUCGGUCAUCUGCGUCGUGGGAAUGUUCGUCUUCGUGCGCGCAGUUUACACCAAGAUCCGCAAGGGGGAGUACGAGCGGGAGGAUUUGAGGAAGGCAGCCCCUGUUGUGGACUAA